CUGCUGCUGCUCCCUCCCUGAGUCCCUGCCUGCCGCCAUAUUGUUGCCCGCGCCGCAGCUCUUGCGCGUCUGUGGCUGCAGCGCCCAGGGAGCGUUUCCCGGGGGGGCGUCGGCCCAGAGGAGCCCCUCCGCGAGCCCUCCGCCAUGGCGACGAGGCCCCGCGGGCCCUGAGGAGACCAACGGCCGCCGGCGGAGCAGCGAGCAGCCCUUUCGCCCCUCCUUCCCCUCCCUCCCCUCCUUCUCCAGCCACAACAUGGAGGCCGUCAAAGCCUUUAACAGCGAGCUGUACUCGCUGAAUGACUACAAACCUCCCAUUUCAAAGGCAAAAAUGACACAGAUUACCAAGGCUGCAAUCAAGGCUAUCAAGUUCUACAAACAUGUUGUACAAAGUGUUGAGAAAUUCAUUCAGAAGUGUAAACCGGAAUACAAGGUGCCAGGCUUGUAUGUCAUUGAUUCCAUUGUUCGACAGUCUCGACAUCAGUUUGGGCAAGAAAAGGAUGUGUUUGCUCCAAGAUUUAGCAAUAACAUCAUUAGCACUUUUCAGAAUUUGUAUCGUUGCCCUGGGGAUGACAAGAGUAAAAUAGUUAGAGUGCUCAAUUUAUGGCAGAAGAAUAAUGUGUUCAAGAGUGAAAUUAUACAGCCUCUACUGGAUAUGGCAGCAGGAAUUCCUCCUCCAGUUGUAACCCCAGUCUUGCCUGGAACAACAGCAACUAUGAGUAACAAUACACCAGGAACUCCAGUAACACCUGCCACACCAGCCAAUGUGAUCCAGAGUUUACCUGAUCCUUGGGUGUCUCAGAUAACCAAUACAGAUACUCUUGCUGCUGUAGCACAGAUCCUACAGAGUCCACAAGGCCAACAGCUUCAGCAGUUAAUACAAACAUUGCAAAUGCAACAGCAGAAACCACAGCCAUCACUGCUUCAGGCACUGGAUGCUGGACUUGUUGUUCAGUUACAAGCCCUCACUGCACAACUUACAGCUGCUGCCGCUGCCGCCAAUACUCUUAAUCCACUAGAACAGAAUGUCUCUUUUAAUAAGAAGCUGAUGGAUAGGUUUGGGGAUUUUAGGGAAGAAGUUGAUAUUAAUGAAGAACCUAAAAAAGAAACUCCAACUUCUCAACUACCACUUGUAUCUGAAUCUGUGAACAACUCACUUUUCCAUCAACUAGCUGAACAGUUACAGCAACAAAACCUAGAACAUCUUCGCCAGCAACUUCUGGAGCAGCCACCACCAAAGGCCAGCCCUGAGGAAACACAAGAAGAAAAUUUUGGUUCUGAGCACUCAGCAUCUCCUUCACAAGACAGCAGCCAUCAGCCGUUUUUAGAAGUAGAGCCAAAUCCUGAUAAUUCAAUGGAUGUCCAACAACAGGAUAUGGAUAUAGAUGAAGGCCAAGAAGUUGUUGAACAGGAAGUUUUUGAGCAAGAAGAGAAGAAAUCAGCAGUUCUUACAAGAUCAAGAACUCGUUCAAGAUCUCGUUCAAGGUCUCCCAGGAAAAGAAGGUCCAGGUCACGUUCUGGUUCUCGAAAGCGUAAACAUAGGAAGCGUUCACGCUCUAGAUCAAGGGAAAGAAAGAGGAAGUCCUCAAGGUCAUAUUCAGGUGAAAGACGAGCUAGAGAGAGGGAAAAAGAGCGACAGAAAAAAGGAUUACCUCCUGUACGGUCCAAAACACUAAGUGUCUGCAGUACCACACUUUGGGUUGGUCAAGUGGACAAGAAAGCCACACAGCAGGACUUAACCAAUUUAUUUGAAGAAUUUGGACAAAUAGAAUCUAUAAAUAUGAUCCCUCCUAGAGGUUGUGCUUAUGUCUGUAUGGUUCAUAGACAAGAUGCCUACCGUGCUCUUCAGAAACUAAGCUCCGGAUCCUACAAGAUCGGAUCUAAAAUUAUUAAGAUUGCAUGGGCUUUAAAUAAAGGAGUAAAAACUGAAUAUAAACAAUUUUGGGAUGUGGAUCUUGGAGUUUCAUAUAUACCUUGGGAAAAAGUUAAAUUGGAUGAUUUGGAGGGCUUUGCAGAAGGAGGCAUGAUUGACCAAGAAACAGUAAAUAGUGAAUGGGAAACUGCAAGAAGCUCAGAGACAGUAAAAGAACCUGUGCAAACAACACAGACUACAACUGUUGACAAGACCACUGCUGUAACAACACAAACAGAAACAUACACACAGUCUGUCACUAUGUUACAGAUUCCAGUAGCUCCAGCAGUGCCAGCUGUUAGUUUAGUUCCACCAGCAUUUCCUGUUGCAAUGUCUGUACCUCCUCCUGGCUAUAGUGCACUUCCUCCACCUCCUUUCUUGAGAGCAAGUUUCAAUCCCUCACAGCCACCUCCUGGUUAUAUGCCUCCUCCUGUUCCACCCCCUGUUCCUCCACCUGUGGUCCCAACAUCUCUUGUACAGCCUUCACUACCAAUUGCUCAAGAGUCAAUGAAAGAUUUUAACAGCCUUGUUCUACCAGCGGGUACUGUUUCAAGUAGUCUUACCACCACAACAUUAUCUGCUAGAAGUGUUUUUACUCCUCUUUCAAGUAAUAGCUCCGAAAUGGAUGAGAAAGGAUCUCACCUUGCAGAUGUUCAGAUCUCAUCUAGUGAAAACAGAGCCGUUCAAGAUGAUGUUUCAAGCAGUUCUGGACUCAUUGCAGCAGCUGAGCCACCUAGCGCCUCAACAAGUUCUGGGCUUGUAGGAGGAAUCCAGCCACCUAGUGUCUCAAGUAGUUCUGGGCUUGUGCAGCCACCCAGUGUCUCAAGCAGCUCUGGACUUUUGACAAGAGUGCCACCAUCUGGUCCUUCAAACAGUUCUGGGCUCCUGACUGGUGUUCAGCCUACAAGUGUCUCAAGCAGCUCUGGGCUGCUGACAGGACUCCAGCCCAUGAGUGUCUCAAGCAGCUCCAGCCUUCUAAUGGGACUUCAGCCACCAAUAGUGUCAAGUAACUCUGGGCUUUUGUCAGGAGUCCAGCCACCCAUAGUGUCAAGUACCUCUGGGCUUUUGACAGCACUUCAACCACCAAUUGUAUCAAGCAACUCUGGCCUUCUGGGAUUACCACCACCAAUUGUCUCAAGUAGUUCUGGACUGCUAGGAUUACCACCACCAAAUAUUACCAGUGGAUCUGGACUUUUGGGGCUACAGCCACCCACUGGAAUUCAAUCUGUACCCCAUUUAACUCUUACUAGUCAAAGGUUGCCUGGAAUGCCUCUAGUAGAUAUCCGCUCUGGACUAAUGCCACAGCCACCUGGUCCAAGAUUUCCAUUACUACAGCCUGGAAUACCAAUACAGCGUAGUAUUCCUCCUCCAACUAUCCUUGACCCAUCCCUUCCUCCACUAAGAGCUCCUUUCCUUUCAGGAGACCUUUUUACUCAAACAGAGAGGCCGUUUGGAAGUUCUGGUAGGCAAAGUAUAGACAACAUUUCUAAUCCAGAUAAAAGAUUACCACUUGGAGAUGAUAGCAUUCACCAAGAGGGAGAUAGAGACUACCGCUUUCCUCCAGUGGAAAAUAGAGAGAAUCUUAAUCGGCCAUCAUCAGGAGAUAUUAGGGAUUCUAUUGGUAGGCCACCAUUAGAUCCAAGGGAGGCUCUAGGAAGACCUCCGGUAGAUGGAAGAGAACAUUUUACCAGGCCACACAUAGAUUUAAGAGAGAACUUUGGAAGACCAGGUAUGGAUAACCUCAACAGAAGAGAUCAUUUUGCUUUCAAUUCAGAUAAGCACUGGGGACAAAGAGGAGAUUAUGAUGAGAGAGAGCGCCAUGCUUUUCCUAUAUAUGGUGGUCUUAAAGGCUUCCAGGAAGAUAGAGAGAGGUUUCGACAAACAAAUUACAGAUUUGAACCUCGAAGUGGUCCUAGCUGGAACAGGGGACUUGAACAAGAUACUCACAGAGACUUUGAUGACCGCCGUAGACCAUGGGAAAGGCAGAGGGACAGGGAUGACAGAGAUUUUAAUUUUGGUAGAGAAAUUAAUGGAAACCGAUUUGGGAGAGAAAGAAUACAGAACAACUGGAUACCCCCUCCACAUCCAAGGGCAUUUGAAUAUUUUGAAGGUGGCACUUCUCAAGAAAAAGCUGACAGUGUGCCCCAAAUUAAUGGUGAAAACACAGAGACAGAAAGUCAGCCACCUGCUGUGGAAGUACAGGAUGAAUCGGAACUGUAUGAAAAGCUGACACCUUCAGGUGACACAAAAAAAGAGAAGAGUGACACAGAAGCUGAAUUAAAAAGUGAACCAGUGGUAGAAAGCACAGAAACUGAGGGGACAUAAUCAUCACUCAGUAGGUAAAAAGAUACCUUUUGUAAAGUUGUCAUCUCUCUCUGUAAUAGAUGAAUGGCUGACUGGACCGUAGUAGUUUACUUUUUGUCUGCCAGAAUUAAGUUAAUCUGAUGUUCAUGUUCAUCUUUCACUUAAAUAGAUGUACGACUGACUUGUAUAGAAUAUUGUUCUUAAUUUGAACAUGGUAGGUAACCUUUCUUUUCUUUUCUUUUUAAAUUUUUCUGACAAACUUGCCCCACUUGCUUUUACUUCACAAGGAUAAAAACAGCUUGUCAAACAAAGACUUCCUAUGGAAGAAAUGGAAAUUUUUAGAUCUUGCUAUUAGACUGGCCAUAGAAAUUGUUAUACUUGAAGAAAGGUGCUGGUGUAUCGUGUCCAGAUUUUUAGGCUGCUGCAGAAUUUUAAAGCAUAGGCAGAGAUGUGAUUCUGAAUGUUCCUGCAGUUUGGCCAAUGACAAAAAGAAAAAAAGAAAAGAGGGAGCAUAAAUAAUACAGAAAUGGUGUGUUCUUGAAAUUUCUGCAUUAUAGUCUCUGUUUUUCAAAAAUAAGUGUCCGUGGUUUGUUCCUCGUAAUGCAGUGGGUCAAAACAAUGAAAAUUAACAUACGUUUUAAUGUUUUUUUAGAUGCCAAUAAAGCAUUAUUUGUUUGAUAAGCAUUCUAGGUAUUGUAUUUUUUAUAUACAAUCUAUAAAAUCCUGGAUGAACUGUGCUUUAGCUAAUUGUUGCAAAAGGUUUAUAGUACUCUUGUAAGACCAGUGCAACAAUUAAAAUAUGCUAUAAAGGCAUAUGCUUUUCUACUAAAACAAGAAAAAAGAAAAAUCAUGGAAUCACAUUAGUUUGUGUAUAACAUAUGUAUGUAAAUAUUUGUGUAAAACUGUAUGUAGAUACCACUGUUUCUGUGUGUGAUAGUGUAUGUGCACACACUCACAGAAUAAUGUAGACAGUUAAAUAAAGCUGAAAUGAAAUUAGGUUAUAAAAUGAAAUUUUGUCUUUCACCUUCUUCAGGUAGCAAGUGUACUAUAGAGGCUGAUAUGAGUGGUUAAAUCAAAUUAAUAUUUGCUCUUCUGAAUUUGUAUUGCUUUAGAAGGUGAAGUCUUGUAUGCUCUAAAGAGUAUACAUUAAGGCUUUAGGGCCGUUGGUUUUUUAAGUGUGAAUAUGUAUGAAGUGAAAAUUGAAGCAAAUGUUUGAAUUCUUCUUUUUUUUGUAAUAUUUUUGGUGUUACUGGGUAGAAAGUGGUAGCAUUAAAAUACUUUGUGAUUA